GCUUUUGGUUUCGCCAUCUGCAUCGGGAAAGCAACAUAAACAGAAGAAUGGCACAGUGGUCAGCGGAAGACAAACCAGUGAAGAUUGAUAAAUGGGACACAGCAGCUUUAAAGAAUGCAUUAGAUGAUGGAGCGAAAAAGGUCAUCUUGGAAGGCUUUAAGUUGAAAGAGUCACACACUUUGUUUGAUCUUCGUCUACUGAUCUGUACUGUGGCAGUUGGAUUCUCCUUCUUUGCCCUGCUAUGGGACUACAUCAGACCCUUUCCAGAAUCAAGACCAGUUCUCAUCAUCUGUGUGUUGUCAUACUUUGUUUUGAUGGGUGUGCUGACAAUCUACACUACUUACAUUGAGAAGGGUAUCUUUCUUGUGGCACUGGAUAAGGAUGAGGCAGGACUAGAACCUGAUGAUGUCUGGGAACUAUCUUCUUCUUUAAAAAAAUAUGAUGACAAGUAUCAUCUUCAGAUAUCUGUCCUACCAGGUACUACAAAAAUUUCUCGUUCUAUGGACUUCACAAAAAGUGUCAGUGAAUUCUUUGAUGAAAAUGGCAAAUUUGACUACAAUAACUUUGAGCCAGAAGUCAGAAAUCUGAAAGCAAAGUUAUCACAAAGCCAUAAGGAGUAAUUUGGAUGAUGGCAUGUCACACAUGGCCGACUUCUUCAAAGAAAACAUGCUUUAUAAAUGCUGAGUCAGAAAUAUGAGAGAAUGAGGAAAGGUAGACCUUGCUAUGAAAAAUAGCUGGAAGAUCAUGUUAGUUGUUAUUUUAAAAUUAUGUUUGCUAGAAUACAAUUUUCUUCAAUGAGAACAUUAAGCUAUAAAAUAUCUAGUUAAUGAUUUUUUAAUGAACCCACAAGUCAAAAUAAGAGGUUCAGUUGAUCUGGAACCUGUGUUGUUGAACUCUCAUGAAGAGUAUACAUGAGAAGGCAGGGGAAUGCUGUAGAGUGAUUUGGUAUGGAUGAAAUAUAGGUUCAGGGUGAUUUUGUAUGGAUGAGAUAUUGGUAAAUGGGAAUAUUGUACACAUGGGUUUACAGCCACGUUUCAUUGUUUUGUAUUUCGCAAUAAACUCUUUGUGUACUGUAAAUAUCAAA